AUGUCCCUUCUCUAUGAUGAACAAGAUCCAUGGAAAGGAUGGACCAUACAAGAUGUGUAUCAAAUGUCGGAGAAGCAGUUGAGAGAUUUUUGUCGGGAAACCAUGAUCAUGCCGUCCUCAGAAAUACCCUCUCAUGAUUUGAGAGUUGCUGUGUGGAAGAAAUUACUCUCAAGCAAGGCUGCACCAAGCGAACUGACCGAACAAUCCUUUGCCAUCCAUGAAGAAGGAUCACUUCCGAUUAGUAAAAGUCAACUGAUUGAACAUUUGAGCAUGACCGAUCAAGACAAGUCUACUCUUUCGGAAAGUGUUGUUGAAAAGACGUUUAAAAUUCUGGUAUUUCAUCAUCAGUAUAUGGCUGAGAGAGCAGCUAUGGCAAACUCUUCUUCAUCCAACAACAUGAUGGUCCCACCUGUCAUUCCAAACAUUUUGAGUUAUCGACCAGAAAUGGCAAGAUUUGUCUAUCAAUUUAUUAGAUGUAUCAACGUGGAAUCAAUGCCUUGUUCCGAGUUAUAUCCAAUGGUUUUUGUCAUGCUCACCAGAUAUUUCAAACCGCUUGAAAGUAAGAACAAUCCAUUGUUAGAAAAAACCGACUCUGAACAAUUACAUCUCUUGUUGGAUUGCUUUGAUCAAAUGUUUAGACUUUUACUUCAGUAUCACGAUCCAGAGUUGCAAAUUCAUUUCGAUAGACAUAGAUUAGAAGUCAUUGUUGACGAAAUUAUUCCAUGGUCAAAAUCUUUAUUGGUUGAUUUGAUUAUACGUUCCAGCUCUAAUUUUAUUGAAAUAUUUACAUAUUUCCUCGAUAUUUUAAUUAUUGAACGAGACCCUGUGAUAUUUACCUUUUUUGUUAUUGCAAUUUUAAUGAGAGACAGAACAAACUUGCUUAAUUUAACAACGACCAAUGAGCUGAGACAAUAUUGUAAAGAUGCAUUGUCCUCCUCAUCUACUUCUAAACAACAGAUAAUUGUUCAAAAGAGUGAUAUUUCUUCCUUGUAUUUGGAAGUUAAAAAUUUGGAAAAGGAAACUCCUCUCAGUGCUCGAAAUCAACUCUUGUCACUCUUUCAAGCAUCUGCCGAGGUAAAAUUUGACAUGAUCAAAAAGCAAUUGCAAGAAAGUGUAAUUUUGCCAAUUCCAACAAGUGAAAUUGUUGAUUGUUUCACCAAAGAUCGAACCAGACAGCAACAACGAGCAAAAACGACAAGUGUCAAGUACAUUAUCAUUGAUUGCAGAAGUGUGAAGAGUUUCCAAUAUGCACGAUUACCAACAGCAAUUCAUAUCGGUACUCGUGUUGGAUAUGACGACGAGAAGAUGAAAGCUAUUUUACAACGAUUCCAAGAUGCCAAAGGUUCUCAUUUCAUCAUUUUUGGUACUGGAAGAAAAUUAGCAGAGGAAGAAAAUUUAUUGCGAGUUAUUGCAAUGAAAUUUGUGACUGCAACUUUUUCACAUGUGUCCAUUGCCAUUGACGGCUUCAAAGGUUGUAUCAAAUUCAUGACUUCAAAUCAAAUCGAAUAUGUCAAAGAUGAAACCGUUGAAAAUGCUAACAAUAAGAACACUUCGGGAAUUAACACUGAAGAAUGGGCACAAAAAGUCUCGAGUUUUAUUACAUGGGGUAAAAAGAUGGCAGAAGAAUUUGUCAAUGAGAACAAGGAUAAGGUUCCUCGUUUGGGUGCCUCACUUAACAAGGCGAAAUCCACCCUUGAAUCCAAGAUAAAACCUGUGUUCUCACUGGGAGAAGAAGGUUCAGGAUCUGAUGAUGAUGACCUUUCCAAUACAAGCGCUGUUAUGAGUGGUGACUCGUCACAACAAGAACCAACCACCGUUGUGAAAAUUGAUGAAUUAUCUACUCUUGGAGAGAAUAUUGCUCUAUUCACUGCUCAAACCAGAAAGACUCACGAACCAAGAUAUAUUGUAUUGGGAGAUAAUUUAAUCAUGUGUUUAAAGCCACAUCCACAAAUACUGGGUAGUGGCCUUAUUUUGUGGAAACGAACAUUGAGACAAAUCGUCAAACUCUCGUUUAAAAAGACAGAUAGCACUUCCUUGUCUUUUACUCUCAAAGGUUAUCCAAAUACUCUGUCGUAUGUUCCUCAACCUCAUGAUUCCUCGCAGAAAGAUCAAGCUCCUGCCUCCUUUGUUGAACAGCUCUCGAUGGAGAAGGCACAAGAAUGUAUUGAGCUUGUGCAAAGAAAUAUUCAAAAAUUGAAAGAAAAUAAAUAA